ACCGUAUCUAGACGUAAACGUACACGCGACGUACGGACUUUCAGCGCGUAAAUUAAUAUGCUUUCAAGUUACAUACGGAUUUGUGUGUGCAAGUGUUGUGUGUGUGAUUUCUUUUUCACAUAGAAACGUUUGUGUGUGUGAUGUGUGAACAAUAAACGGAAAAAUGAAUAUCAAAAGGAAAAGUUAUGUUUCGGAAAAGCCCAGUAAAAAAAGAAGGAACCUGCGGAAGACAGAAAAAUUGGCAAGGGUAGCGAGAGAAGAAGCACGACCUAUCUCCAGUUCCGAAAUUAAAUAUUUUCCUGGUGGAUGUGAGUCUUCGUCAUGCGGUGGUCCAGAGGCUGGUUGCCUACAGGUGUCCAACAAUACGUCCCAUUAUUGUGUAUGCACGACGGAUGGGCAACCUAUGAGAGAUGGUGUCAGCUGUCCUCGAAGCACAGUGCCAUUGACACAGAGCAAAGCAAUUCACAAUAUCAUCCCACCAGGACCGUCGAAUGCGACGGAGACAAGAUACCCGCCGAUAUCUCCAACAGCACAAGGUGCGAAGUCGUUAGUAAGCAGUGAAGUUCUUACUGAAGCAACGGGCACUGACCCAUCAUUCAUCGGAGCCAACGUUCAUGAAAACCCAACUGCACCGAUUAUCAUGACGGUGGUCGCAGGCUGUGUGUCCUUAUUGGUCAUAGUAGCAAUAAUUAGCGUAAUUAUCUACCUCAGAAAGCGAAUUUGUGAUGUCGACGGAAAAGUCAAACCGCGUAUACGACCUGGCGAGCCUCUGCUUGCUGAACGGUAUAUAACGAACCCGCAGUACGGCGUCUGCGGUGCUGGGGCGGCGGCGUUGGUGGUUCCUGGUUCGCCUGCCCCUCAUCACGGUGGAGAUGCCACAGAACCUGAGGUUAAACUCCUCGAUCGCAGUGCUCUGACCUUCCUGGAAGAAGUCGGGGAAGGAUGUUUUGGAAAAGUUCAUAAAGGUGUUCUUCGUGUCGACCAUGGUGAACAAGUUGUUGCAAUCAAAGUACUGAAAGAGAGCGCUGGCCGGAGUGCCGAGGAAGACUUCGUCAGAGAGGUGUCAAUUAUGUCCGCAUUCCGACAUCCGAACAUUUUAAGUCUGGUUGGAGUAGUUUACAGAGAUGACAUCAAUGCUAGUCCGUGGAUGGUCUUCGAAUACAUGGAAUGGGGAGAUUUAGCUGGCGUACUAAGAGGAUCUCGAGGUGGUGGAAGAGCUGGUCCUACCUUAUUAGAACCGGCGCUACUACACAUCGCUCUUCAAGUAGCAAGAGGCAUGCAGUAUCUUGCUUCCAAGCGAUUCGUCCACCGAGACCUUGCCGCUAGGAAUUGUUUAGUUGGAGCGAACUUAUCGGUUAAAAUAGCAGACUUUGGUAUGUCCCGUGAUGUGUACACCUGUGACUAUUACAAAAUGGGCGGAGAACGACCCAUGCCAGUGCGAUGGAUGUCCCCUGAGAGUAUAGUUUACGCUCGAUUUACCCACGAGUCUGAUGUGUGGUCAUACGGAGUUGUCCUAUGGGAAAUCUAUAGCCGCGGUAAACAACCUUAUUACGGCUGCAAUAAUGACGAUGCAACGAAACGAAUCACAAACGGUAUCUUACUGGUCCCACCUGAGGACUGCCCGCAAUUCGCCUGUAGAUUAAUGAGAGAAUGUUGGGCAACGGAUCCUAGAAAUAGGAUUGGUUUUGACGAAAUUUGUAGGAAACUCGAAGUAGCGGCUGCGGCCAAUGGAAGUACUCAAAUAAGACUGCCCCGACCACCACCGCCACCGCAAGAUUCUACAGGGUAUUUAAUUCCAACAAAUCCACCGUGUAAUGCAGACUAUAUGAAGCCACUACCGGACCUGGAUCCCGAUUCAGAGUUCAGUGAAGACGAAGAUAUUGAUGAUGACUACACUUGACGUCAAGCCCCGGCCCCAGUGUCUCAGUACGUGCCGCGAGCUUCGCCCUUGGCUGCAAAAUCCAAAGCGUUUACAUUCCCGUCUCAAAUGAGUGUGGAACUAUUCGAAUGUUAAACUUUGUAUCAAUAUGUUGGUAACUAUAAGACGACGACGUAAAAUACUCAAUUAUGUUAGUUACAUACAUGUUAUAUUAUUGUUGUACAAAUAGCUUUACAUUCAUGUACAAUAUUUUGGUACAUAUUUACUUAAAUCAUAAAAAAGAUGUAAAUGUGCCAUACAUUGACCAAAAAUUUAUACUAUACUAAUUACUAUUAAAGAAUUUUGUCUGUUUACGUUUUCUAACGUAUAGUUAAAUACCAGACUAUGAUGAAUUUAAAAAAAAUAUAUGUUCUAUUUCGUACGAAGUCAUUAAUAAAAUUAAGAUAAAACUUUUUAAGUGUUAUAGUAAAUAAAAUUAAUUAAGGGACCUGCAUAAUAAAAACGAAAUGAAAAAUUCAAUUAAUUUGUUAUGACUAGGGUUUUAUAAUAUUCAGCAUAUCUUUCUGUUUGAUACAAUAAAAUAAAUAAACAAAGCUUAUUUUAGUGAAUAUGUCUCGUAAAUCUUUUAUAGUCUAACAGCGUAUGUCAAUUGUCAUUAUGGUGUUCAUGAGCGAGGAUUUUGAAGAAAUUAAUUUUAAAACCAUAGUUAUCGAAUUACUUAAAAUAAUGUAGGUACGAUUCACUUAAAUCGAUCCCAUAAAUUCGAAAUCAUCAAACUAAAUAAUUAUUAUUUAUAAAAUUGUUGUAAAUUGUACAUAUUAUAUACGUAAUAAAUAAUAAAAUUUUAGAAAAAGAUAUUAAAUGAUUACAAUGUAUACCUACCAUAUUUUGCCUGUUAAUUAUUUUUGGAUG